AGUGGAUGAUCUGUCUGUGCUGGCUCUAUCCGUGAGCAGUUGUUAGAAUCGGUCGAAUAGAAUCUGUCGGACGAGCGUGCUCCGUGUAAAGUUCCCACUGUGACCAAGUGUGCUGCCACUGCACCAGAGUCUCCGAAUUCGACCGAGACGAAGAAAGUAGCCAGGAGAUUUGUCGUAGCGACUGACGGUUCUGCCCGUCGUCGACAGAGCUGCUUGUCGAUUAGGAGUGGUCAGGGAUCUCGUUUUAUUCUCGCGACCCCUUUAGCAAUCUUCAAGGUCGUCAUGAGGAAAUUGUUGAGCUCGUACGGUAACGAACCCGAACGCGUCGAAAGUCCUGACUGGAUCAAGGACGACACACUGGGAGUCGGCACUUCGACCCCACCACACCAAAGAAGUUCCAGCGGUCACGCUGAUGAGGAAAUGCAGAGUGAUCAGACGUCGCCAAAGUCUCAACUUCAAGAAGACUCGAAUCUCCUUCACGACUACUCGCGGCAGCAGAAUCAAUCCAACCAGGAAAAUCCUGAGGACAUUAGAAACUCACCAAAAACCGAAGAUCUGAGCAAGAACGGUCUCCACGGAGACAUCGCCACACAGAUCGCAAAUGAUUUCAGUGCUCAACAUUACACCGUGCCGGAGACAUACACCACUCAGGAUCCAAAUACGGACCCUUACGUAAGCGCCUAUACGCUUGGAGAGGACCUCUCUAUGAACUCGCCUCACAUGAGCCUCGAAAGCACCGUACUCCGGUACCCCUCGAGUGGCAGCUCUAAUCAGGCUUCCACAAUCGUUCACCAUCAACCGUUCAAUCGCGAUCUGAAUACUUCUGAAGCGAACACCGUUCAGUAUACCCAACAUCAAGCGGACCCUGUCUACAGCCCACCGAGUCCGCAGUAUACCGCUGCCAAAAUGUAUCACCAACAGAAUUCGUUCUCGUCGGACGCAGCCUCGACACCGUCGUCGCCCUCGACGCCCCACUCCUCGUUCUGGCCAACACCGUCGUCGACGGCAAACGGUCACGAAAUGCAAACGUCUGCGCGGGGGGUCUACCAGCCCUCGGCGUUCAUCAUGGAGCCGCCCGGAAACUUCGACGGAUCCUCGUUCCCAUACGGACCCGGAGGCGCAAGUCUGUCCUCUCGAUCGGGCAUCGACAUGGAAAUGUACGCAGGUGAAGGUCGAGAAUGCGUCAACUGUGGCGCGAUCUCAACACCUCUCUGGAGACGCGACGGCACCGGACACUACCUAUGCAAUGCCUGUGGACUCUACAAUAAAAUGAACGGUGCUCAUCGUCCCAUCAUAAAAACCCCGCGAAGACUGUCGCCUUCCCUGCAGUCGGCGAGUAGACGCGCUGGCCUCACCUGUUCGAAUUGUCAGACGACGAACACCUCUCUGUGGCGACGGAAUAACGUCGGGGAGCCCGUUUGCAACGCUUGCGGUCUCUACUUCAGACUUCAUGGGGUGCCACGUCCGCUAACGAUGAAGAAGGACACGAUACAGACCCGCAAACGGAAGCCAAAAUGCUCCCCGAAUCAACAGCAGCCAAAGCAAAUGCAUGAGCUAAGAGAUUCCGCGACCGUGACAGUUGCAGACGUCGACUCGCUGAUGGGACCUGGUUCGAAGAUGUCGUUAGUUUCGCCCGGACUCGGCCAAAUGACCUUCCCGACUUCAUCUCAAGCCCUGCCGUUGUCUCAAACCGUGCCAUACUUGCAGAACACGUCACCUCAGACUGUUGGAGUGGGUGUUCUACAAGCCAUGACCCCAGUCAUGUCAUCGCUCGCCACAUCGCUAAGUGGGAUGUUCACGAACCCUCUGGCAACCACAGCCGAUCCUCGCGGAGUUUCUCCGGGCAGCUUCCUGAUUGGCGCGCAAUCUAUCAAAGAAGAUGUAGAGAGGAACAACCACAUGUGA